AUGAAGAUCCAGUGCGACUCGUGCGGCGUCGCGGCGGCCACGGUGGUGUGCUGCGCCGACGAGGCGGCGCUGUGCGCGCGCUGCGACGUGGACAUCCACGCCGCCAACAAGCUCGCCAGCAAGCACCAGAGGCUCCCGCUCGACGCGCUCGGCGCCAAGCUCCCGCGCUGCGACAUCUGCCAGGAGAAGGCCGCCUUCAUCUUCUGCGUCGAGGACAGGGCGCUCUUCUGCCGCGACUGCGACGAGCCCAUCCACGUCCCCGGCACGCUCUCCGGGAACCACCAGCGCUACCUCGCCACCGGCAUCCGCGUCGGCCUCGGCCCCGUCUCCGCCUGCGCCGCCGGGGACCACGGCGCCAGCCACGACGCCGACCACCCCGCCCCGCCCAAGCUCGCCUGCGAGCCCCAGCCGCCGGCCCAGCCCGCCGCCAGCGCGCAGCAGGUCCCCUCGCCGCCACAGUUCCUGCCGCAGGACUGGGGCGUCGACGAGCUCCUGCAGUUCUCGGACUACGAGUCCAGCGACAAGGUACUGCACAAGGACUCGGCUCUCGGCUUCAAGGAGCUGGAGUGGUUCACCGCGGACAUGGAGCUCUUCCACGAUCACGCGCCCAAGGGCGGCAGGGCGACCAUGGAGGUGCCCGAGUUCUUCGCCUCGCAGGCGGCAGACGACGCUGCCUACUACAGGCCGAGCAGAGUCGCCGCCACCGCCGGCUUGCGCCAGAGCAAGAAGGCCCGCGUCGAGAUCCCCGACGACGAGGACUUCUUCAUCGUGCCUGAUCUUGGCUAA